AUUAUCUAUACUAAUCAAAUGGUUGUUCUGCUUGCAGGUGCUGCUGGUGACUUGCUUUGCUCAUCUCCCCUUGAAGCUGAAUUGUGAGCCAUUCUUCGUGCUUUGGAGCUUUGUUCUGCCAACAACUGGGUUCCUACCACGCUUUUCACUGAUUGCUGCCGUGCCAUCCAGCUUAUAAACAACUUCAACAAUCUUACUGUUUGGAGACUCUCAUCCAUCAUCAGAUCCAUCAAUUGCUUUGCAAAUUCAUGGGCAGACUUCCCCUUUGAUCACGUCCCGCGCGACCUUAAUAUUGUUGCUGAUCGGCUUGCCCACUAUGGCCUUGGAAAUCCUCAAGUUCCUCUUUUUAUUCAAGGACGUGACUGGCCUCGCUGGCUCGAAGAUGUCUGCUCGGCUUCCCUCCCUUCUUUCUAAGUUUGCUUUGUUUUCUUUAGCUACUUGUAGCUCUCUUUUGCCAAAAAAAAAACUUUGGCGGGCAGCGGGGAACGGGCUACGGGUAGCCUACAACUGAACACUGGUUUAGGUUAAAGCACUGCUACCUCCGGAAUACCAGACCGAAGCUUCUCCUCUGUUCUCUCCGGCGAUAAUGGCGGCAGCCCUGCCAAAGACAUCGCCGUUCCGGCUGCUCUCACGCCUCCGUCUCGAGGAGGAUCCCAACCGUGCCUUCCAUCUCUUCCAAAACCCUAACCCGAGUUCCACUUCCAAUCGAAGGCCCUUUCGCUACAGCGCCCGCGCCUACGACCUCAUCAUCUGCAAGCUCGGCCGCGCGCGCAUGUUCCCGGAGAUGGAAGUGAUCCUCGACCAGAUGCAGCGCGAGACCCGCUUCACCCCCAGAGAGCCCCUCUUCUGCUCCAUCAUCUCCUUCUACGGCCGCGCACGCAUGCCCGCAGCCGCCCUUCGUGCGUACGACCGCAUUCCCUCCUUCCGCUGCACUCGCACCUCUCGCUCUUUCAACACCCUCCUCCACGCCCUCCUCUCAUGCCGUGACUUCGCCGGCGUGCGCGAACUCCACCGCGCUCUUGGCUCGACCGAGCUUGGGGUCACCCCAGAUGCUUGCACUUACAACAUCCUCCUUCGAGCUUGCACGUCGCUGCAUGAUGCACGGACUCUGUUUGAUGAAAUGCGUGAGAGGAGCAUCCAGCCCAGUGUUGCCACGUUCGGGACUUUGAUCUCCGCUCUUUGCGCUGAUUUGAAGCUCGACGACGCUUUCAUGGUGAAAGAUGAAAUGCUUAAAUCCUUUGAUAUAAAGCCCAAUGUGUAUAUAUACACGUCUUUGAUCAAAGCUCUUUGCAAGAGUGAAAAGUUGGAAUUGGCUUUAGAGCUCAAGAAUGAGAUGUUGUUGGAUCAAGCACUCAACUUGGAUUCUGCAGUGUAUUCGACAAUAAUCCGGGCGCUAUUUCGGGUUGGCCGGAAGGGAGAAGUGGUUGGGAUUCUUGAAGAGAUGAAGACCAAUGGUGUCAAGCCGGAUAUUGUCACUUAUAAUGCCAUGAUUGCUGGGUUUUGUGAGGACAAGGAGUUUGAUGCUGUUUUUGAGGCGUUGAAUGAGAUGGAGAAGAAUGGGUGCAAGGCAGAUGUUUUCAGCUAUAAUACAAUUAUUGCUGGGUUUUGCAAGGAGAAGAGGUGGAGGGAUGCACUUGACCUGUUUGAGGAUAUGCCGAGAAGGGAGUGUAGGCCGGAUGUGGUUUCAUAUAGGACACUGUUUGAUGGUUUGUGUGAAUCUGGGGAAUUUGGAGAGGCAAUGGCAAUUUUGGAUGAGAUGAUGUUUAAGGGGUUUGUGCCAGGAGCAGGGAGUGUUAGAAGGUUUGUGAAAGGAUUGGAUUGUGAGGGUGGUACGAUGUCAUUCAGAGCAGCUCUUUGUGGUCUGGCAAAGCAGAAUGCAGUGGAACCAGAUGUGUGGGAAAUUGGUGGUUGGCAAUAUGUUGAUGGAGUCUAAUCUGAUGAAUGUUGGGAAGCUUGUUAAUUACCUGAUAUGGGGCGAAUGAGCUGCAAAUUUCAUCAGUGAGGACUCCUAAAUGAUUUAGAGCAAGCAUCCUGUUCAAGAUGGGGGUGUCAAAAAAAAACAGAACAGGAAAUAGGAAACCGCUGGAAGGAAACCAACUUUGGUAAUUGGUACUCUGUGAGAAGUUGAAAGGAUGAUGAUAAGGAAUUUGGAGUUCCAAUGAUGAUUGCUAGAGCACUGAAGCAGCAUUCUGAUGAGCAAGAACAAAUAUCUCAAAGGUGUUUGUCUUGAGAUUGACAGGAAGUUCUCUGAUGGCUUCUUUGCACGUUUGAUACUUCUAAAUGGAAGCGGAGAUAACCUGAUGGGCCACAAACUCGAUUAUGGCUGCAGCUUCUUCUGUCGGUUGGCAAAUGGUGCUUCAUGUGAGUUUGGGAUCAUCCUCAUCGAGACCACUGGGAGGAUACCACCUCAUGUAGCAUGGUCAGCUAACCGUAACAACCUAGUCGGAGAGAAUGCAAUGUAGCAAUUUUCCCCUGGAGGUUUGGUUUUGAUUGACUCGGAAGGAAAAGACAUAUGGUCAAGUGACAACUCUAA